AUGGGUGAUCUGCUGCCGAGUAUACCAAAGAGUACGUUCGCGAGUGAAGUAGACGGACACAAUUGGAGUGUUGUGGGCCUGGACGAGUACAGCGACGACGAGGCUCUUGCCGCCGUGGAGCUGUUCAAAGAUUACCCGGAAGCGCUGCUCCGCUUCGCUUCGGUUUGCUGCGUGCUGUUCAUGCUGGUCGGGAUCCCUGGGAACUUGAUCACCAUUGUGGCGUUGGCUCGUUGCAAGAAGGUCCGCAACGCCACCGCCGUGUUCAUUAUGAACCUGUCGUGUUCGGACCUGCUGUUCUGCUGCUUCAACCUGCCCCUGGCGGCGUCGACCUUCUGGCGGCGGUCCUGGGCCCACGGCAGGAUCCUUUGCCGCAUGUUCCCGCUGGCCAGAUACGCCCUCGUCGCCGUGUCCCUCUUCACUGUGCUAGCUAUCACUAUCAACAGAUAUGUCAUGAUAUCGCAUCCAAGACUUUAUCCCAGAUUAUACAAAAGGCGAUUUCUAGCUGUGAUGGUCGCAAGCACGUGGGUCUUUUCCUUUGGAGCAUUGAUAGCGACCUGGCUAGGGAAAUGGGGUCGCUUCGGCCUGGACCCGACUAUCGGAUCAUGCUCCAUACUACCCGACAAAAAUAAUAGAUCUCCAAAAGAGUUCCUGUUCGUUGGAGCUUUUAUGUUGCCCUGUCUAGCUAUAGUUAUAUGUUACGCUAGAAUAUUCUGCAUAGUAAGAGAGGCGGCGAGAAAGUCGAGAGCACCCGCUAGAGGGCGACCUCGACCUGGACUAGAAGACUCCGCCGUUGGUUCGGCGUCGACGGCCCUAGAAAGAUCUCCGGGCCCUGAAAAUGGAAUUAAUCAUGUCGCUCCACCUCGGAGGGCACUAUUAGCUCCCCCUGUUUUACAUUGCCCACCUACACCUGGUCCAGAAAGAUCAUCAUCGUCUGGUGUAGACACACUAGAUGGUCACGACGAGGAAUGCGCCCUCGACGCAAAACCUCGAACUCCCAGCGGUGGCGAUACCGCUAAAAGACUUCGACAAGCAGCCGUUGUACUAAGAAAAUCCCCUGCUUCAGUCAGACCACCACGUCUCACACCGAAGGACAGAAAGCUACUAAAGAUGAUAAUGGCUAUAAUGCUUUCAUUCUGGGUGUGUUACUUGCCCAUUACAUUGACAAAGAUUUUUAGAGAGUUUACUUCACACCCAGCUGCAAACAUAGCGGGGUAUAUUUUGAUAUACUUGACGACGUGCAUCAACCCUAUUAUAUACGUGGUCAUGUCGAGUGAGUAUCGCCAGGCCUACAAGAACCUGCUGAUGUGUAGAAGAUGGGCGUGA